CUGAAGUAGUUGUUGUCUCCUAUCUCUUACAAUUAAGAAGAGGGGUCAUCAAGUAGUGUCCAUCUUCAAUCUUCAUACGUAGCAAGCCUGCUAAAACACAAACAAAUUAAACCAGCCUCCUUGUUAACUUUCGUAUCAAAGCUAACAUUUUCCAAUGGCUGGCCUAUCUCUUGAUCAUCCAUUGGCCUUCACCUUUGGCCUCCUCGGCAACAUCAUCUCCUUCAUGACCUACCUGGCCCCACUGCCGACGUUCUACCGGAUCUACAAGACCAAGUCGACGGAGGGAUUCCAGUCGGUGCCUUACGUGGUGGCUCUGUUCAGCGCGAUGCUGUGGAUCUACUACGCACUUCUCAAGUCCGAUGAGUUCCUGCUCAUCACCGUCAACGCCGCCGGCUGCGUCAUCGAGACUCUAUACAUCACCAUGUACCUCGCCUACGCGCCCAAGAAGGCCAAGCUGUUCACGGCCAUGAUCCUGCUGCUCCUGAACGUGGGCGUGUUCGGGCUCAUCCUCCUCCUCACGAUGCUACUUGCCGCCGGCGAGAAGCGCGUCGUCCUCCUCGGCUGGGUCUGCGUCGGCUUCGCCGUCAGCGUCUUCGUCGCCCCGCUCAGCAUCAUUCGCCAGGUGGUGCGCACGAGGAGCGUGGAGUUCAUGCCCUUCUUCCUCUCCCUCUCCCUCACCGUCAGCGCCGUCGUCUGGUUCCUCUACGGCCUGCUCAUCAAGGACAAAUACGUCGCACUACCGAAUGUCAUCGGCUUCACCUUUGGGGUCAUCCAGAUGGGCCUGUACGCUCUCUACCGCAACGCGACGCCCAGGGUGCCAGCAAAGGAGGUUGCCGACGUCAAGGCGACGGUGGUGGACGAUACCUUCAAGGUGCCUGAGCACGUCGUGACCAUCGCCAAGCUCGGGGCGCCGGCCGUGGAGAUCUUGACCAGCGAGGUGCACCCGGUGGAGUCCCCGCCAACAGAGGAGGCCAAGAAGGAGGACGACGAGCCGUUGGAAGAAGAGCUGGGUGACGCGUCGAAAAAGGGAAGCAACACCACUGAGCAAGUCUAGAAGAAACAUGCGUAGUCUGAGUCACAAUUACGGCAACGCCACGCGUGGUCAAGCCCAUGUACUGAUGCACACACAUAGAUGUAUGCAAAACGUAUGUGAGCUAUGCAACAAGGGAGCAAGACGAGGGAAAAAGAAGGGGACUAAGUCUGGACUGGAGGGCCACUGCUGGUGUUAUUUUAUUAUAAUCCAUAGACUGUUCUUGUAGUAGCUUUUUCUGAUUAGUAUGUAUCAUUGGCAUGGCAUUUAUUUGAUUACUAUUCAUUUUC